AUGUGGGAUGAGGUGAGGUUGUUGCACGCCGAGCUCUGCGAGUCAACCAUCGUGUACUACUCACGCUCAUCGACCUGGUUUCCUCCAUACCUACUCCAGUUCUUGGCAGGGCUCGAAUUGGCGCGGGAACGGCCGUCCGGAGCGAAGAGUCGGCACUUCUCCUCCAGUGAGAUUGACUUUCGACCCUCUGACCGCCAUUGCUCAGUCUCAUGCGCUUUUGCUAUCAGCAGUGCCUCUACAGGCGCAUCAUUGACAGGCAUGAGUGCCGCAGACCAAUACCUGGCGGUAUUGAAACAAGAUACCCUGCGACUCGAGAAGCAACUCCGGCAUGCCAGUAGCCGGAGCGAGGCAUUAGACAUCGCCAUCAAGGCGGCAGACACAUCACUCAAGACCUUGGAGCUUGUCAAAGACCCCACUGAAAAGACCCAGUGUAGGACGCGAGCUGAGCAGUAUAUGCGAGAGGCGGAGCGUAUCAAGAACAAUGUAGAAUGGCGUGUGGACCUGGCGUCUCUUUCACUCCGUUCGGAGCCCUUGCCCCUGACGACAAGUACCGCGUCUGCCGCGCAGACCGACUCCAAGAAGGUGAGACUCCUCGAGGAGCCCGUCAACUCUCGUAAGCUCCCUACCAAAGAGAAGAUCAUCGUGAUCAAAGCUGGCUUCCUCAACGGAGUCAAGUUCCCCGAAUGGAAUGGCGAGCCAUCGGCAAAGGAAUUUGAGCUUGCUGAUGGCGAGGACCUGUUUUUCGACGAGUUCUCAGAACUACCUCUGUCCGAGUACCAGGAAAAGGUUUUAGAUGCCUGGAAACGACCGAUAGAUGCAUUGCCUCCACCCUCGUGGUAUGGAGAUGAUAGGACCAAUCUCGUGCCCACCAUGGAAUUCUUUCGGGAUAUCGACCUGGUUCAAGAUGCUGCUACUGACUGCUCUGUUGUGGCCUCGCUCUGUGCUGGUAUCGCUCGCGCUAAACGCGGGCAUCCGAGACUGCUGGGGCAAUUCAUGCAUCCGUAUGACCCCAUCACUGGACACCCUGUCAUGUCAGGCAACGGGAAAUAUAUCGUGCGCAUGAACUUCAAUGGCUGUCACCGCCGUGUGGUCAUUGACGAUCGCAUCCCGACCAGUUCGACCAAGCGUGUCAUCCAUGUAGUCGAUCGCAACAAUCCUGGUCUGUUGUGGCCAGCUUUGGUCGAAAAGGCGUAUCUCAAGAUACGGGGCGGCUAUGACUUCCCUGGCAGCAAUAGCGGGACGGACUUGUGGAUCAUCACUGGCUGGCUUCCUGAGCAGGUUAAUUUGAAGGAUGAAGACUUGGAACCCAGUAGGCUAUGGUCGCGGAUGUUUAAGGCGUUCUCCUACGGCGAUGUGAUGAUCACGAUGGGCACCGGAAAGAUAUCCAGCCAGACGCAGCAGGAGAUUGGGCUUGCCGGCGAACAUGACUACGCCGUUCUCGACUUGCGCGAGGUCGAUGGUCAGCGGCUGAUGUUGAUUAAGAAUCCGUGGCUGGAAGGCACCAGCUGGCGUGGUAGGUCCAGACGAAGCGAACGAUGGCAAGAGCUGUCACCAGAGGGCGCUGUGAUUACCCUCGAUGAGGAGGCCGAUACAGUGGAUUCACCACGGGACUUGUUGAACGACGAAAACCUUACACCUGGGACAUUCUGGAUGGACUUAGACACUGUACAGCAGCACUUUGAGUGGGUGUACCUGAAUUGGAACACCGGUCUAUUCAAACAUCGACAAGAUGUACACUUCAACUGGGAUCUGGCCAUGCCCUGUACGAUUACUGGCCUCCAUAAGCCGCGAGGACCCAUGGCCAGCCUACAGCACAUUCCGCAGUUCACCGUAAGCGCGAAAAAGAGUGGGGAUGUCUGGAUCUUGCUCUGGAGACAUUUCCAGAACUCUGUGCCCGAAAAUGCGACAGCAGAAGACAUUGAGAGCGGACGCCAGUACAUUGAUAUCAGCGGCUAUAUCACAUUAGCCGUGUUCGACUCGGAUGGUCGCCGAGUGAUGCUUCUGGAGCGUCCCCUCCAAAAGGGUUGGUAUAGUGACAGUCCACAGACGUUGCUGAAGCUGGAGAACUGCGAGCCUGGCAAAGUGUACACAAUCGUUCCACUCGAGCAAGACUUGCCCGCCACCAACCACUCCUUCACCAUCUCGACCUUCAGUAAUGCACCCAUUGUGCUUGACGAGGCCACUCGUCGACAUGCGUACCACACCCAGGUGGCGGGAUCAUGGACGCAGCAGUCUGCGGGCGGAAAUUCCAACAAGCCCACAUACUGCAACAAUCCGCAGUAUACGAUUACAGUGCCCCAGCGAACGAGCAUCAGCCUACUGCUCGAAGCGAGCGACCCACAGUUGAAUGUCAAUGUGCGACUUCUCCAUAGUGGAGGCAAACGGGUGUUUAACAUGCAUAAGAAAGACAUCAUCGCCGAUAGCACCAUUUACCGGCCCUGCUGCUGCAUUGCCGAGCACGACGAUCUCGAUCCGGGAACGUAUACUGCCAUCUGUAGCACGUUUGAUGCCAAACAAGUGGGAGACUUCACGCUCCGCAUCGAUUCGUCCCUGCCGACUUCAGCGACGCUGCUGCCGCGUGAAGGUGCGGGGAGAAUCCCGUUCGACCUGGGGCUAGUCACGUUCAAGGAAGGAGAAACGAAAAUCGCGACACCGAUUCAUCCACGUCGUCUGGUGAAUUUCUAUGCCAUUGCCCGUCAACACGACGACACUCCUGCUGCACCGGGCCACCACUCCUCGAGCAGCAGUGGUAAUAGUAGCAGUAGUAGUAGAAGUCGGUCUCACGUGCGACUGAGUGUGGAAUACGGACGUGGACCGAGUCGUCACAUCAAGAUUGCGAGCAACAAUGGAGAAUACACAGACACGUCGGGUGAUGCGGUGCGGACGGAGGCGAUUGAUCUGAGCACCGACUACUUGAAGUGGGGAUACCAGGCGUGCUAUCUGGUGCUUGAUCGUAUCUAUGUCAGUUCGGAAAGGCCCGAGGAGAGAUUUCACGUCGAGUUGUUCAUGGAUCAGCCCGAUGCGAUUCAAGUGGGCGUGUGGACGGCUUGGGAGGACUGA